AUGGGUUGGUUGAGCUAUUUAGUGCUCAGUGUUGUCACAUGCAGCACGGUGAGCGCACAGGGAGAGUAUUGCCACGGCUGGGUGGACGCUGCAGGCAACUAUCAAGCGGGUUUUCAGUGCCCAGAGGAUUUUGACACAGUUGAUGCAACCAUCUGCUGCGGAUCCUGCAUCCUGCGCUAUUGCUGCGCAGCCUCGGACGCCCGUCUGGAACAAGGAAGCUGCACAAACGACCGCGAGCUACAGAACACUGGAGUCACAGCUCAACCUGUCUAUGUGCCAUUCCUCAUCGUUGGAUCCAUCUUCAUUGCCUUUAUUAUUGUUGGCUCUUUGGUGGCAGUCUACUGUUGUACUUGCCUUAGGCCCAAGCAGACAUCUCAGCAGUCUAUGAGGUUCACUUUGAGGAGUUACCCACCAGAAACUCUCCCUAUGAUUCUGACAAGUAACAGCCUACGGACUCCCUCCAGACAAUCUAGCACAGCCACCAGUUCCACCUCCACUGGGGGCUCUGUGUGCAGAUUGUCCUCAUCAAGAGCAGAUCCUGGAUGUGUGGUUCCAUCUCCACCACCACCCUACUCUUCUGCUCAUUCCAUCCAUCUUAAUCCAUCAUCUACAUUUCUAGUGUCCACUCAAUACUUUUCAUACCCUUUACAAUCGGAAGCAAUUUCAAACAAGAGCUGUCCAGAUUUUCGACAGAACUAA